AUGAUCAUCAUCUUUUUUGGUAUUGAUCUCAUUGAUCCCUUUCACAGAGAGUUUUCCAUUAAUGAUACAUCAUUGAUGCAUAAAUACACUGUGAAUGAAAGCGUCCCUGUGUGGUUGUUGGUGGUAAUCGCCAUUGUCGCACCGAUUCUCAUUAUUGCUGCCAUUUCACUCGGCAUUCGUCGCAGCUGGUUGGAUUUUCAUAGUGGAGUAUUGGGUCUUGCUGUUGCCCUCUCCCUCACUAUUAUGAUGACCGACAUAAUUAAGAUCACUGUGGGUCGUCCAAGACCUGAUAUGCUGGAUCGCUGUCAGCCACCACCUGGCAUCGAAAACCCACCCUUACACUUAUUGAACUAUACCAUCUGCACAGCAGAUCAUAACACUUACGAAUUCAAGGACGGCUUCAAGAGUUUUCCCAGUGGACAUGCAUCAUUUUCUUUUGCUGGUUUGGGUUAUUUAGCCUUCUAUCUCGCUGGAAAGAUGCACUUGUUCGACGAAGGAGGACAUACCUACAAGAGUUUUGUGUUUUGCAUUCCAUUUUUGGGUGCAUUGCUGAUCUCCAUUUCCCGUUUACAUGAUUACCGUCAUCACUGGACAGAUGUUUUCAUAGGUGGCAUUAUUGGCACCGCGUUUGCCUAUUUCGCUUAUAGACAAUACUACCCCUCUUUAGCAGCCACAUACUCUCAGAAACCAUUCCCACCACGAUUCAGCAGCCCCUCUGAUUUGUUCACUCAUGAGAAUCCUACAAAUGAUCUUGAAUCCGGACACGGUGGCCACAGAGGAGAUGGAGUGACAGAAACUGCAGCUGUUGGACCAGAUGAUCCUGUAUACGGUGAAUAUACCAACGCUCAAGGCAACACUGCACAUCCACAAUCACCCGCUUCAACAUCAACUGACAGAUCAAGCAGCAAAUCCACAACCAGAGUGGAGCCACCAUACAAACACACUGUAAACCAUGUUGAGCACACGACCACAUCUACUUCGAAUAGUGCCCCAUCUCCAUAUCGCCCUUGA